GUGUACACCUUAUUUUUUAGAUUUUCUCUGGCCAAAGUAAAAUAGAACCAAUGUGUGGUCAUGGAAUUUCAGUGGCCAUUUCAAAGAAAAGCCUUUCUGGGGGUUAUUUCAAAAAAGUGGGAUUUCUGAGUUUGCCAAAAGUCAAGUCUGUCCAGCAGAAUGAGAGGUCAGGAGCGUUCCUACUGGGCAAUAUUCGCUUUUAAGUUAUCCUGGUUACUGAAAAUACAAUUGCGAUAUACUCCAAUGACAGCAACACAACAUGUACACAAUCUGAAAAACUCCAUUGUUCAUGAUAAAUGAAUGAGUGUUGGCGGGUCUUUGCUGGUCAUGCUGGGGGCGGGGCCACAUCUCUGCGGGACGCAGUAGUGAAUGAACCCGAUUUAAAGGAAGACUGUAGGGUGCUAACAUGGGGUGAAGGUGAAGCUGAAGCUGUUUGGCUGCUCAACCUCAGCACGGUCAUGGGGAAAGUACACUUCUAUGCACUGUGGUCGUUACAUGAAGCACCUCGUCAGUUUAUCAGCAACGUGAGUCGCAAAAGCUACCAGGUUCAGAUGCCGCUGCCUUUGCCCAAGCAGCUGGUGGUGUUCAGUCUGGGAGAAUGGACCUCAUUUUCUUGUGAGACAACAGUGUUAAUUGAGGUAUCAGUGAGCCCUGACGUGAAGCCGCAGAAAAUUGGGAUUCUCUCACCACAUUCAAGGUGCCUGGUCUGGGAAGGUGACUGGACUCUCGACCUUUUAGCUGAAUCAAUAGAGAAAAGUAGAAGAGGUGUAUAUGCAAAAGUGGUGCUCACUGUUUGUGGAGAGGUGAGAGCCAGCUUUGUUAGCAGUACACCGCGGGUGUCAAGAAAACGACUACCUUCCAGCCAGUCCUCCAGCUUCUGCCAGACCCUUCUAGGCAGUGGUAACAAUAACAAUAUCACUUCUCAGAGGUCGUCACCUGAGGACACUGUUAGUUAUGCCGAGCUCCAAACGAGCAAGGGGGAGACACAGAACAUGAGUCUUGGAGUGUGGGCUGUGGAUAAAACUCCAAGGCGGACAGUAAUAGGAAAAAGAGGACGUAUUUGGAGCUAUGAGGGACCCGAAACACCCCUUAAGUUAAGCCAAGCUUCGAGCCCCAAGAAGCUCCGACUGAGCAUAGGGUCUGCAUCACAAAGUGAGGAGAGGGAAGUUGUCAAAAGAAGAAGGAGCUGCAGAGCAGAGCAUCCAUCAAAGCGCUGGAGCCACACCAUGUGUUUAAGCGAUCCUGACACGGCUAUUCUUAUUGGUGGAGAAACUGCAGACCAAGCCCACUGUACAGACUCCAUAUGGAAGCUGGAGAUUGAUGGUGAUUUUUGGCUCCCCAUGGAUUCCUCUGCAACAGGACCUCUUCCACCAAGUGCUCACGGCCACUCUGCAGCCUUUGACCCUAAGAGUAAAGUUAUCUAUGUGUAUGGUGGCUUGAGAGAAGGUCAGCGAUAUAGUGAUAUUUACAUGCUGGACACCUUAACCUGGAAGUGGAAACUCAUUAAUGCAAAAGGAAAUGUGCCUUCAUUGGCAUACCACAGUGCCAUCAUCUAUAAGAGUGAGCUGUAUGUGUUUGGGGGCUUGCAGCCGAGUCGUGGCCCUGGAGGCAAAGCAUGCAGUAAUGCUUUGUACAUCUUCAACCCUGAGCAUGAGUUGUGGUACCAGCCAAUCGUGGAGGGUGACCUUCCUCUUCCCAGGUUUGGGCACUCCACCACGCUACUACCCAACAAACUAGUCAUAUUUGGAGGCCAAAAAACUGCUGCCUACCUUAAUGAUCUCCACAUUCUAGAUCUUGGCUUCAUGGAAUACACAGCAGUGAAGUACGAGAACAUGCCACCACUGGCCCGAGGGUUUCAUGCUGCUCUGCCCGUGUCUGACAACAGGGUGCUGAUCAGCGGAGGCUGCAGUGCUUUAGGAGCUCUACAGGAUCUCCAUCUCUUUAAUCUAGAUACCAACUCCUGGACGUCAGUGGUGUGUCCAUUGCUCUGCUCAAAACCUCGUGCUGGCCACAGUCUAAUCAGCCUGGGUGGCACUGCCUUUUCUGACACUGAUGCAAGGGAGCAAGGAGACCACCAUCGUACCUGUCCCUCCACACAGUUCACCGUCUUAGUAUUUGGGGGAUCAGAUGGUGAUGGAACGUUCUACGAUGAUGCAGUCAAAUGCGCUAUUGAAAUCCCUACUGAAGAGCAGAGACUGGAUGCAAAAAGGCGUCCGUAUGAUUAAGACAUCAACUGACAGUGAAGGUCUCCCCACAAGGGUUAGUUUUUAGUGAUAACUGGAAAACACUUUAAUUUUUCUAAUAACUUCUGAGUGAAAAUAAAUUUCACUUUAAUUUA